CGCCAAGGGACCAUCGGAUCGCCUUCAACAUCGAACAGAAACAACAACGGGAACAGCCGCGGCACUAAUAUUAACCGUAACAACAUAACAAGCUCACAUCCAACCAAUAAGCGCAAACAAGCAAGCAAACGAGGGAAGGGUAAAAGCCAGAGCGCCCAGACGGCCAGACCUGCGAAAGAAACGGACCCGUCCACGGACGUCCUGGUUACCCUUAAGGCACCCCUUCCAAACUCCACAGCAGAGGAGACCCUCACUGCGUUGAGACGGGAGAUCAACCCGGUUCGGGAGAAGAUCGAGUUCAUCAGCAUUGCCCGCGCGAAACAGAGGGACGUCAGAGUCACAUGCGCCACAGGCGCGGACGCUCUCCGCCUUCAAGCGGCAAUAAGCAGGACCAGAUCCUUGGUAGGGAAAAUACAGCCCAAGGCGCUCCCUAGAAUUGCCCUACGAGGCGUUCCAGCGGACAUGAGCGACCAAGCCCUCAUGUCGGACAUCUCCCUAUCGCUCAAGGAGCUAAUGGUCCCUCCCCCGAAGAUACUCUUCAGACUCGGGGCGAGAGGAUCGAGAACCGAGACCAGAGUGAUAGAAGUUAAUCCUGAGCAAAGGGUUCGCCUUUUGGAAGGAGGUGGACGCAUCCGAUGUGGCUGGACAAUUGUCCGAGCCAGUGAC